AUGCAAUUAAAACAAAGUAAUGCACCCGCUUUAAUUCAGAAAGAUGUGUUUGAAAUACUGACGAACAGACACGCGUAUGAUAUGAAUGUGUACUCUGAUGAUGAAUCAAUGGAGGAGAGUGAGUACUGUGAGCGGGAUAGUCGACUUCCGCCUCCAGGAACACGUGUUCGAAGAGGACCUAACUGGCAUUAUAAUGAUCAGGACUCAAACGGCCCAAGAACUCUCAUAGGACAUAAUCGAGAUGGCUGGGUUUAUGUUGAAUGGGAUACUGGAAUGAAAUUUCCAUAUGAAUUUGACACCGAAAAUGUCGAGUCAGGUGAUAUCGUCAUCUCUGAUGAAUCUAGGUUAUUGCAAAGAGAAAAUAUCGCAGUUGGAUGUAUUGUUCAGAGAGGUCCUGAUUGGCAAUGGAAAAACCAAGAUGGCGGUCCUGGCAAUAUUGGAAUAGCGUAUAGAGUCAAGGAAAACAUUGUCUAUGUAAACAUUGUUUACUUUUAA